AUGGCACAUGAAGCCACGCCUCAGCACUCACCCUGCAGCAUCAAUUCCAGCUGCCCGUCUACAUGGCUGGCCGCCCCCAGUGGGCGGUGCACAGUGGCGGUGCACAGUGGCGGUGCACAGUGGCGGUGCACAGUGGCGGUGCACAGUGGCGGUGCACAGUGGCGGUGCACAGUGGCGGUGCACAGUGGCGGUGCACAGUGGCGGUGCACAGUGGCGGUGCACAGUGGCGGUGCACAGUGGCGGUGCACAGUGGCGGUGCACAGUGGCGGUGCACAGUGGCGGUGCACAGUGGCGGUGCACAGUGGCGGUGCACAGUGGCGGUGCACAGUGGCGGUGCACAGUGGCGGUGCACAGUGGCGGUGCACAGUGGCGGUGCACAGUGGCGGUGCUAUUACCUACUCCACAACCGGCACCCACGCCUCCUCACCGCUCACCGGAUGGGAUGGGAAGGGAGAGGCGAUGCACGGAGGGAAUAAGAGGGCAGACGAGGUGGGGCGAGUAUUCUCAGGCACCUCAACGGGCAACCAGCAGCGAGAGCUGGGCGGUGCUGUCCGCAAUGAACGCCCCUGCUGUGAGCUGUGGGCGGGCAUAGGAGGGGGCAUGGAUGGGCGAUGCUCGCAGGAGAGAGGAGGAGAGAGGAGGCAGAGGAGGAGAGAGGAAGGCAGUGGAGGAGAUGUUAGGCAGAGGAGGGGAAAGGAGGGGAGAGGAGGGGAGAGGAGGGCAGAGGAGGAGAGAGGACGGCAGAUGAAGGGAAAGGAGGGGAGAGGAGGGCAGGGGAGGGCAGAGGAGGGCAUGGGAGACGCCGUGUGA